UCAGAAAGGGCAUUCAGUUAGUUACGAAGCGCUACAGUACAUUGUCGUUGUACGUACGCAGCUUGGUACGGCACAGAUAUUGGUCGCGCGGAGCAGCUCGGUCGCGUGUGUGGACUCCCGCCAUUUUCACGAGAAGAACAAAACAAUUUUUAUUAACUAAUUCAAAUUUUGUGACCGUGCUUUUUUUCGAUUUUACGAAAAAAAUUGUUGGAGAUGAUUGUUUUGUGACGUAUGAAAACACAAGGAGUGUCUUCGCGACGACAUGAACAAGAAAGGUCACAAGAAGAAGCAAAAGAAGAGGGGCAAGAGCGAUGGACGAAACAAGGAGAAUAUCUUGCAUUCUGACAAAGAAGAAAUAGAAGAAGUCUCAACAGCCGAUGAGAAGAAAAGUCUAUGUUAUGAAAUCAAAUACUCUGAUGUUAUGGGCAGGUACAUUGUGGCAGCAAGAGACAUCAAAGCCGGAGAAAUCAUCAUAGAGGAACCGGCUUUAGCUGUUGGACCUUGCACGGGCUGUGCUCUCAUAUGCCUCGGAUGCUACAGGGAAAUAGACGAAAAUAAUAUUAACAAAUGCAAAAACUGCAAGUGGCCAGUUUGCAGUGGUUCGUGUCCCGGACAAGGAAAAUACACAGGUCAUUCGACUUACGAAUGCGAAACGUUGCGAAGUAUACCUCCAGACUACUCCAAACUUGAAGAUUUGAGGGAUUCCUACCAAGCAUUGAUGCCGUUAAGAUGUCUACUUUUAAAGAAGGCAGAUCCUCCGAAAUGGCAGGCUUUAUCAGCUAUGGAAGCCCACAAUGAGCUCCGACGGGCGAGAGGAGAUAUUUGGCCGACGAACGAGAAGAAUGUAGUGCAAAGGAUCAAGAGCUGGGGUCUGGAAUACGAUCCCGAGGAAAUACACACUGUCUGUGGGAUUUUAGAGGUUAAUGCCUUCGAAGUGGGUGGUAGCGGGGCGAACGCUCGUGCUCUUUACGAUCGAGCCUAUCUCUUGGCCCACGACUGCACUCCCUCCACGACACACACGGACUCCGAGAGGACUCCGGGCAGACCUAUAACCGUCAGAGCUUCAAUAGCUCAUAAAGCCGGAGACUUGAUCUCUUUGUGUUACGCUUACACGCUGCAGGGUACACUAAAACGUCGUGAGCACAUAAAGCACAGCAAGUUCUUCUGGUGCUCGUGCCGGCGAUGCGCGGACCGCGCCGAGCUCGGCACCUCCGCGUCCGCCUUCCGCUGUCCGCGGUGCGCGGGCGCAGUGCUACCCGAGCGGCCCCUGCAGCGUGACCAGUCCUGGGCCUGCACCCGCGACCACUGCCACUACACCAUGCCGGCCGCCGCCGUGCACUUGCUGCUGCAGAGGCUCACAGACGAAUACGACCAGAUUGACGCGAAUGACGUUCCGGGCUUCGAGAAUUUCCUCCACAAGUACAGGAACGUGUUGCUGCCCAGUCAUUACCUUUGUCUCUCGGCGAAGCACUCCCUCAGUCAGCUGUACGGAAAGGUCACAGACUACAUGAUACACGAGAUGCCCGAUACUGAACUGAAUAGAAAAAUAGAGAUAUGCAGAGAUCUGAUGAAAGUGUUUGAUGUAAUCGAACCCGGAUAUUCGAGGUUGAGAGGUGUAACUUUGUACGAACUGCACGCGCCUCUAAUGAUAUUGACAACAAGAGACUUCGAAAAGAAAGCGAUAACGAAAGAGAGUCUUCGGAAUCGUCUUAAAGAGAUAGUACAGUAUUUACAAGAAUCGGCCCUGAUCCUCGGGUUCGAACCAGCGCACUCAUCCGAAGGUCUCAUGGCGGCGGCCGCAAGAGACGCCCUGAAAAAAAUCAAAACAUGGGAGCAGAUCAUCGGCAAGAUAUCCUGAAGCGUGCCCUGACAAAAUCAACUCAAUUACGGAGAAUAAAAUCGUGAAUUUUAGCGUUAUGUUCUUUUAUUCGGAGCAAAGGAACAAGACAAGUUAUUCAAGUUCUGGUGAAUUCCCGAAAUGAUUAAAUGUUAUUCUUUUAAUAUUUUUCCACUGCACUCCUUACUUUUUUUUUUAUUUGACAUCACAGCGGGAUUACCGUCGCCUAUCUUGAGGCUUGAGGUCAAAUUCUCAAUUGUAUUGUAUGGCUAUUGUCCCAGUUAA